AUGGAUAGAGCUGUGUAUUCCAGUCUACAAGGUGCACUCCACGAGGUCGAGAACCAUUUAUCAAGCAGCCUUGAUAUCCAUCCUUUCGUCUUUUCUCAUUCGCCCAUCCCCAACUUCCCCUAUCUUUUUUGCUGUCCUCUUUGCUUUCUUCUGCUCAUCCACUUCUCAAGAAAAACAGAAAUGCCAAGGCCGCUUUCGUUACGCAGUGUUUCUUCAUUAUCGGGUAGUAUUGAUGAAACAUCAAUCUUGUAUAAUGGCAUCGAAGAUGCAUACUUAUCUGCAACGACGACGAAUACAUCCGUUGCUUCACGUUCACAGAGGCAUUUGGUGAGCGCUGUUUCGGGGAGGGAUGCAAUUGUGCUUAGCGAUGAUUGGACACAACGUAGACGACAAACUUCUUUUCAUGGCAGAAGGAUUCAAUCAUUACCAUACGUUCCCGAUCAUUCUCUCCGUCGCAAUUCGAUGGAUUUGAACAUUUUAAGAGAGAAGAAUGAAAUGAAUGAAAAUAUUCAAAGAGGAAAAAAGAUUUUGAUGGGAUUGUUUGAUCCAAAUGGAGAUGGAAUCGUUUGGCCUACGAACACAUUUUUCGCUUUGCGUAGAUUGGGUUUUGGUAAAUUGAGUGGAUUGUUCCUUUCUAGCAUUUGUCAUUUGAUUCUUGCGUACCCGUUGCGGAUUGUGGCAAGGCAAAGAGACAAUAGCGUAGUGAGAUGGCUCCCUGAUCCAAGGAUGAGAAUUCGAUUGGAUGACGUUCAGACUUUCAAUGCAAGAUUAUCGACAGGCGAAGCAAGGCAGAUUAUUGAUCAGUGUUCCUCCGGUGUGCGAUUUUAUUCCCGUCUUCGCCAUUUGCAUCAGUUGGACACAGUUGACGGGCUAGGAAUUGUCCUUGAAAUGCGACGUACGGCCGGAUUUGGUGCUCUUUUCACUUUCCCGUUCAUUUUCAUUUUCCUUCGACUCAUUCUACCAAAACACUCCGGCAAAACAAGUGUUGAGGAUAUUUUGAAUGCACUGAAUGGAGCAUACUUCUAUCUUUUGGCAACAAGUUUACACGAGUCGGAAGAAUUGAACACCAGAAAGAGACAAAAUCGCUACCCCACUUCUCCAAAGUCGGCAUAG